AUGGCAUCGGGGAUCUCUACGAUUACUGCUAUUCUGGAGGAUGCGAGAGAGGACCUUGCCGGUCCAUUCCAGGCGCAGCCUCACUCGCAGCCUCAGCCAUCUGCUUCAGGACAGAAACAAGAGAAUGACGUCGAGGAGAAAGCCAUCCACGAUGAAGAAAAGACCAAAGACGAGAUUGAGGAAGAAGCCCCCGACCAACGCGACUUCCACCUCUCGAAUACAGGCCGCCUCAUCUUCUUCGCGCUGGCCGUCCUCACCCUAAUGGUUGCCCUUGAUGGGACUUCGAUAUCUGUUGCUCUGCCGAUAAUGUCAAAAACCCUCCACGGCACCGCCAUGCAAGCCUUUUGGAGCGGAACCUCCUUCCUCCUCGCCAGUACCGUCUUCCAACCAACAACCGCAACAUUCAGCACCAUCUUCGGCCGUCGACCGAUCCUUCUUUUCUCCAUAACAUUCUUCUUCGUCGGCUCUCUCGUUGCCGGGAUUGCGAACGAUUUCACGCAGAUCCUUGUCGGGAGAUGUAUCCAGGGUGUUGGCGGCGGAGGCAUUGCGGUUCUCGCCGAGGUUGUUGUUACGGAUCUUGUGCCGUUGCGGCUACGCGGGAAUUACUAUGGGAUUCUUAGUGCCAUGUAUAGUCUUGGGAGUGUCUUGGGGCCGAUACUGGGGGGUGGGUUUGCGGAGAAUAUCUCGUGGCGCUGGAUCUUCUACAUAAACUUCCCCUUCAUCGCCAUAGCCACAAUCCUCGUCCUCCUCUUCUUCCGCCUCGAGAAACCCCGCGGAACGCUGCGCACCAGACUCUCCAAAAUCGACUACGUCGGCACCCCACUGUUUAUCGCGAGUAUAUCCUCCUUCCUUAUCCCGCUGACCUGGGGCGGCGUCAUGUAUCCCUGGACAUCAUGGCGCACCCUCGUCCCGAUGUGCAUUGGCGCCGCCGGAUUAUGCGGGUUUAUCGUCCGGAGUAUCAACUCCUCGAACCCCAUGAUCCCACAUUCGGUCUUCAAUAACCGUAGCGCAGCGAUUGCAUUCGCUACAUCGAGUCUGCAAGGCCUUAUCCUCUGGGGCGCAUUGUAUUAUUUGCCGUUGUACUACCAAGCAAUCCACGAAUUCGGCCCCAUCCUCACAGGCGUCGCCCUCUUCCCACAAACAUUCACCGUCGCGCCGGCCGCCAUAAUCUGCGGCGUCGUCGUCACACUCACAGGCCGAUACCGCUGGGGUCUCUGGUUCGGAUGGUCCCUGUCGAUACUUGGAUUAGGACUGCUAUGUCUCCUCGACACACGCACAAAGACCGUCCAGUGGAUCUUCCUGAAUCUCCCCAGCGGUCUCGGACUAGGCCUCCUGACAGCCGCAAUUGUCUGCACCGUGCAGGCCUCCGCCACGGACCAGAACCUCACAGUAGCCGUCGCCAUGGUCGUCUUCUUCCGCACAUUCGGGCAGGCCCUCGGCAUCGCCGUGGGUGGUGUAAUCUUCCAGAACCGCAUGCGGCGCGAGCUGCUCCGCCACGACGCCUGGGCAUCGAGAGCAACGGAACUAAGCCGCGACGCCGCGGCGCUCGUUACUGUUAUCCAGGGUAUGGAAAACACGGUUGAGAAGAGCCAGUUGAAGAGCGCGUAUGUGGAUUCGCUCAGAGUGUUCUGGGGUUUUUUGGCGGGUGUGGCGGGCGUGGGGCUUUGUCUGAGUGUUCUUGUCAAGAAGUAUGAUUUGAAUCGGGCGUUGGUUACCGAGCAGGGGGUGAGGGAUUAG